CCACCUCUUUUUACGGUGCUGCUGAAAGUAAUAGUGUGUGCACGUUCAGGUGGAGCAGGGGAAGUGGUGUACUCACACUAGGCCCGGUUUGGUUGAAUCGUGCCCGAGCACGGUUCGGCCCCCUCCCCACUCCCCCGCAGGCCUGCACUCACACUGCGCUAAACGAUCCGUGCCCGAGCACGCUUUCGUCAUCAACAGGUGACUUUUGUUUUGAAGAACAGUAUGCGCGCAAAACAAUGGAGUUCAGGAUUGUACUGUUGUUUUUGUUUCUCUGGAGUCGUUUUGGGCGUGCAAAUACGCAACUGAACCAGAGAUUCAUUGAUUGUGCAACACAGCGAUUUACUGCUAAUCGUGCUGCAAGUGUAAGAAGGUUUUUACACAAGCAGCAGACGUACAGGGAGAAAUUUGCAGCUUUACUCGCGGACUACAAUUCACGUUCAUCAGUAAGGCACUCGCUCAGAGUCUGCAGUCAGAGCCCUGCUCACUCAGUGCCUUGCUCAUUCAGUGCUGGGAUGACAGUGAGGGAGCAGUGAGACCCCCAGCCUGGACCAGAACCCUGCAGGACCCCAGGUGGUUGGCAGGGGGGAACAGCUGAGAAUGAGCGUGCUGUCAGCGGUGGAGUCCGGGUAUCCUUCUGCGGGACAGCCCCUGCUGAACUGGGUCAGUCUGUCUCUGCGGGACCAUCCCAGCAGUGCCUUCACCGCGUUCCGACCCGACUGGAGCUCAGCCCUCAGAUCCAGCUCCCUCAGCAGCCUGCUGAACACACAGCAUCUAGAGUCGCUCAGUGGUGGUCAGUAUAGAGACUCAUCCCCCUGUGACUCCAUCAGUAACAUUGUAGAAGGGCUCAGCUCUCUAGCCGACCACUUCUCUGACCUCUCACUGACCUCUGAACCUCGAAAACCCUGCAAGAGGCCUCCAUCCAACUACCUAUGCCACCUGUGCUUCAACAAGGGCCACUACAUAAAAGACUGUCCUCAGGCACGGCCUAAAGGUGAAGGCCUGACUCCGUACCAGGGGAAGAAGCGCUGUUUCGGGGAGUAUAAAUGCCCCAAGUGUAAGAGGAAGUGGAUGAGUGGAAACUCAUGGGCUAACAUGGGGCAGGAGUGCAUCAAAUGCCACAUCAACGUUUACCCACACAAACAGCGCCCCCUAGAGAAGCCUGAUGGUCUGGAUGUGUCGGAUCAGAGUAAGGAGCAUCCUCAGCACCUGUGUGAAAAGUGUAAGGUGCUGGGCUACUACUGCCGCAGAGUCCAGUAGCGCCUGAACCAGAAAACCCACUCAUCUGGUUGCAAAACAUGAAGGACCUGAGGUUAAAACACCUGGACCCAAAUCCUGCUGUUUAACACUUUAACACACCACACCUGGAACUACCUGGAACCUUACCAGCACACACUUACCCAAGUGCCUAUAAUCUUACCUGAACAGGUAACACCAAGGCCUGGAACACACUCACCAGGAGCAGGCCAACACCAAACCCUAGACCACCUGUGUUAAUAUACACACCUGAAUCCAACAGAUUUAUCACCUGAGCCAAAAAUGCUCUCACCUGGAUCCUAACCUGGAGCCAGAACCUGGGUCUCAUACACCUGGUUGCAUAUUACCUUAUACUUGAACAACACAACACCCUUACCUGGACAUAUAUUACCACCAUAGUCCCCACCAAAGACACUCAAAUAUUUGAUUGGAGCGCCUUUAGCUUUGAUUGCAGCACGCAUUCGCUAUGGCAUUGUUUCAAUAAGCUUCUGUAAUGUCACAAGAUUUAUUUAAAUCCAGCGUUUCAUUAAAUUUUCAACAAGAUUUUGCAGCAGCAUUGAUGAUGGUAGAGUCUGACCGCUGCACAAAGCCUUCUCUAUCCAGCACAUCCCAAAGACUCUCAAUGGUGUCUCUCAAUCCAUGUGUGAAAAUGAUGAUCUCAUGCUCCCUGAACCUGAAACUCUUUCACAAUUCCAGCACCAUGAAUCCUGACAUUGUCAUCUUGGAAUAUGCUUGUGCCAUCAGGGAAGAAAAAAAAAACUAUUGAUGGAAUAGAUCUAAAACAUCCAGGACAUUCUAGCUUAGAUUUUUUAUUUUUAUUUUAUUCUGCUUGUCACGGUUUUAGGCCUUUUGGGUUCAGUUUAACUCAGUGAAAGGAUGGUAAAGAUACAAAAUGAGUGUCCUAUAUUUAUUAUUGAUUGACAGUAUUACAGUUCUGUUUUCUUCAGUAGUCUGUGUGAAUGUAUGCAUGUGUGUGUGAGUGAGGGAGAAAGAGAGAGACAGAUAAAGACGGAAACAGUUCUUUUCCUUCUCAGUUUUCCAUCGUUACUGUGCCAGAUGCUUUUAUGAUGUCUCGCAGUGCCUUAUAUAUAUAUUAUAUUAUAUCAUCUCAGAACCUCUCUGCUGUGAAUUCAGGACAGCACAUCUUAUUGUUACAUUCAUUGCCAAAAAAUUACACCAAGAAGUUGGUUGUAGGGUUGUAAUGAUGAUAUAAGUGAUUGUUACAAUAUUAGAGUGAAAUAAUAAGAAUGAUAAGAGGUUCUAGUAGUCUGUAGAAACAUUGCUGAGAAAGGCACUGCACCAAAACACUCCCUCACUCUAGCCUCUCCUACCUAUGCAAGAUUCACACUACACCCCUUUUUUGAGUUAUCAGUUUUUGUUUCUGUUCACACUACACAACAGGUUGUUGUGUAAUCGCAAGUCCUUCAGUUGAGAUUUUUACACUGUAGACUGAUUAGCAAUACAGGGUCACAAAUUACAUUUUUCGCUGUGCGAAAUCACAGCCUCACCUGGCUGCUUUUCAGACACACGUUCAUUGCGAAAACAUGCCCGAACUGAGUCCUGUGUCUGCGUACCAAAGUACAGGGAAACAUCGUCCUCGCUGAUAGCACAGUUGAGCCUGUAAGGGCACUGCAAAGGCAGAAAUGACCGCAAUAAAAGCGUUUUUAAAGUUUAGGAAAAUGUUUAGAAAAAUUUGAAGUGGGACUGUAACACAUUUAUGCUAUUAAUGAAAAAAAUGUUUUGGGUUUAGUUACCCUUUAACAAUCUCUCACCAAAAGGUACACUACCUAAAAGUAUCCUCUAAACCAGAGGUCACUAAUAGGCGGAACACGGUCCGGGUCCGGACCCAGACUUUAUCCAAUCCGGACCCAAACCGAUAAACUACUGAGAAGGAUUUAGUUCUGACCGUGUUCAUUUAAAGCGGCGGAACGUUUAUUCUCUUUAUGGUUUACGUGCUUUACAGCGCAGUAAACUUACAGACCAACCACAUGUGCUUUAAAAUCACCAAACGCUCUCCUCUGCCAAUCAGAUCUGUGCAGAUGCGAGCGCGAGGAGCCACACAGGCGAAGCAGGCGGUGAGAAGCAGCAGCCAGAGAAUAAAGCGAGAAAGCCUAAUUCAGAUGGUGCGCACCAGAAAAAGAAAUUAAAAUACUAGUACUAUGGUUACUUGGAAGAAUUAAAGAGAAACGACCGAGACAAUAGUGCAAAAUAUUCCCCCUGAUCAAAACUCCUCAGCCAGAAAAAAAACUCCCUCGCUCACGGGUGCGCUCUCUUUGCUCCCAAAACAACCCUACCUCAAAACUAAGGCAGCCCCCAGGGGACAAAAAGCAUUGGCAACUUCCCCCAUCAGUUUUACCCACAACAUAAUAAAAGUCUGAUACAGUAAUAAUAUUAAAUAAAAUAAAACUGCUGUUUUUAAACAAAGCUGAUAUUCUGGCCAAGUUCAGCAAACAUUUCUCCAUAUAUUGUAUCAUUUGUCAUUCAUGUAAUAUUUAUUAUGACAGGCAGGCGCAAAUCUAAUAUAAAUAAAGUUAAAUAGAAUAAAUGUAGGAUUUUGAAACAAAGUUAACAUACAGAUUUACAUUAUAGACUCGAUAUGUUAAAUUAUUGAGGGUGUUUCCAUUUAUUUUAUGAUAGGUUGAUAAUGUAAUUAUUGUGACAGGCCUAUUUAAAACAAUACAUAUUGUUGAAAUAUACUAGUAUGUUUAAUUUGUUUUGUCUUUCAGUUGUUGAUGACAUAAAACACUGAUAGAACUACUGGGCUUCUUCAGUACUCAGUAUAUAAUACUGAAUCAUAACACAAGUUAAAAAUGCCUACUCUAAACCCCUUUUCCUACAGAAGCAUGGGAAACCAUUGUAUGCCCUCUUGUGGUAAGACCCAGUGUGUAAUCAGACCACAUCUGAAUUCAUUUACAAAUUUUCUCAUUUCUUUUUAUUUUCUACUGGUUUCUAAUAAAAAGUGUAAUAUGUACAGUUGUAUAUGUAAAUUGUAUGCACCAAUUUAAAUGAACACAUGUUUUUUAACUGUUUACAGCAUUAAACUUAUUUACCAAGUGAUGUUAUGAAAGAAAAAAAGUAAUUAUUAAAAUACUGUAUUGCACAUUAAUAAGCUCCAAAACCUCCAGUUUAGGAUGUUUUUUUAAUGUGAUAUUCUGAUGUUUACUCUCUGUAUUAUGAGAAUUUUUUCAACAGAUAAUGACUUAUUAUGCAAUGUGUAUGAUUCUAUUAUCUGUACAAAUAUGAAAGAAACUUGUUUUAUAAAUGGAAAUAUUAUAUAAUCUGUAUUUAGAUGAAGAAUAUAUGAUCAGUAUUGUUUCACUUGAGUGCCUGUGUCUAUGUAAAUGUUUAUGUUAGAAUUAUAUGAUUUUAUCAGCUGAAAUAGAGGCCAGAGACAGUAUUAGAGAGAUGGUUUGAUGGAUGUUCUGGCUGAUCAGUGUAUAAUCAGGGGGGCAGCUGGCCAAUCAUAACUUUGAUACUAAUCAAAAGCUGUCAACACUUGAUUUAAUCCAGCUGAAUGUCUAAUAGUAUGUAUUUUUUUAUUAUAUAGAAAAUUAUGUCAUUAAAUAAAUAUGAUUACAUAUAUAG